CGAGCUGAGCCAGCCAGCCUCUGGUGCUCAGUUAGUUCUCGGCCGCGGCUCGCAUGAGAGACUUCGGCGCGUCCGCCGCACUGUGCACCUUUUCCUCACGCUAGAGCUACAGCCCCGGAUUCCGAAUUCGCGUCAGGACGUCCAUGGUGCUCGCCGCCGCUCGUAUUGCGUAUUGAAAGCACAAGUUCGCCGCGACAAGACCCACUUUGCCGUUGGCGCCGCCGAAAAGAUGAGUGAUGAGUGCAGCGUGUUGUUGGACCAGAACACAGUGACAAUGGAACAGCCAGGCAGUGACGCCGGCAGCUCGAGCACAACAGACAACCAGCCCACCUCGCCCGAGGACUACAUGCGACAGCUCGCGGCAGAGAAGUCCGCCCUCGAGCUGCAGAGCCCCGGCUGCGCCCUCACCCUCAGACUCAUUUCACAAGAGCUGGAACGUGUGCAGAGUACGGGCAGGUUGUCUCGGGAGGAGAAGAGGACGUUCGCAGACAUCACCAAGGAAAAGCCCAUCAAAGUGUCAGUGCGAGUGUUGGUGCCCAUCAGGGAACACCCUAAGUUCAACUUUGUUGGGAAGCUGCUUGGACCAAAAGGCAACUCAUUAAAGCGGCUGCAGGAGGAAACAAUGACAAAAAUGGCCAUCCUUGGACGGGGCUCGAUGCGAGACAAACAAAAGGAGGAGGAGUUGCGGGGGUCGACAGAUCCGAAAUUCUCGCACCUGAACGACGACCUGCACGUGGAAGUAACGGCGUUCGCACCCCCUGCAGAGGCCCACGCCAGAAUCGCGUACGCGCUCGCCGAAAUACGAAAAUUCCUGGUGCCCGACUAUAAUGACGAAAUUAGGCAAGAACAAAUGCGCGAGAUCCAGCUGAUGAACGCGGGCUCAGGGGCUGUGAUUAGCAACGCAUCUUCAGAGGCCGCGGCGGCCGCAGCGGCUGCGGCGGCGACCCUCGCGGGGGCAAGUGCGGUCGGCAAGGUGGUGUCGCCCCGCUGCCCUCAACCUGCCCCUGGCAUGAUCCUGCACCCGGCGCUGAGAGAGCUGGGCAGGGCGCAAGGACUCAUACCUGCGGCCACCAUGUUUCGCGGCGCUUCGAUCCUCAGCAGAGUGCGACCGGCCGCGAUUCCCAUUCCCGGAACCAGAGGAGGCUCGUCGCCGGCGCCGAAACGUUCCAUCCUUACCCUUCUAGGCAGAGUGGGUAGAAAUCCCGCGACGGGGGUCGAUGAGAACGGACUGGAGACUGGCGACGACUCGGGGGCGGCCGCGGCGGCAGCGGCGGCUGCGGCCGUCUACGGUCUCUACGACGGAUACACCGCGGCGCCAGGGUACGGCCUUUUGGAAGACUACACAAACGGCGCUGGGCUGAGUGAAGACGUCGAGGAUAUGUCUCAAGAUUCGGUAAACGGCGCCGUAGCUGCCGCUGAAUUCGCCGCCAGACCCGAGGGUGGAGCGCUCAAAGUUGCUGCAGGCUUGGAUAGAGCCCGCUAUCGGCACGACCCGUACGCGAGGCUCGUUGACGCCAGUUUGCCCGACGUGACAGAGAUAGAUUUCCCCGUUGCCGCCGCCGCUGCUCUGUUCAAAACUUGAUCUCUUUUCUGCUGGACGGCAUUCGUGGCUCAGAGAUUGAAAUAAUUUUGAUAAAAAGAGAGAAUAAAACGACCGAGGAAUAGUUUAUAUACAUACGCCAACGGAAUCUUACAAACCUCGACUCUGCUUCAGAAUAUAGAUAUAUAUGAAUUGUACACUAUAUUAUUGUAUAACUAGAACGAGAACAUCAAUUUUAAAAA